AUACAAAAUCGAACUAUAAACUAUACACAAAAAAUCCCUGCAUAAAAACACCAGUUACUCGUGCACAAAACAAUCUUUAUCUACCUCCUAAAACCCGCGUGACAAAACACCCACACAACUUCACCGGCGCGCACUCCGCGCCAGUGAAACUCCCCUCUAAGGCCAGGGCGGGCGGCGCGCGCACCAAGCCGCCAUUACUCUCUGCAGUCGUACCCCGCGCGGCCAACUCGCGCCAUGCAAUAACCAACAUUACAUAAUAUUCUAUAACAAACAAUUAAAACAGUGACAGUGUAAUAUAACAUAUAACAGACUGGAAUUGUAAGUGAAAUUGUGGGAAAAAAUUGUGUGAGAACGAGUGGUCGAGUUAUACACAGCCGCAAGAGAUGAAACGCAGACGGAGCGGGGGUCGGGGCGUCGCGUGACGUGUUGCUCAGCCAUGCCCGCGGACGACGUCGCCACCAUGCGCUACGUACUCUUCUGCCUCCUCUCACUCUCCUUCAACAGAAACUUCGCGUUCGUCCUCGACAAACAGAACCCGUACUCGCAAUUCCGCAAAUGGAACGCUGGUCUCAACGGCACACUCGAAUUAGAGUUCAAAACUGACCAGCCCAACGGUCUAGUUUUGUAUACAGACGACGGCGGUACUUACGAUUUUUUUGAACUGAAACUGGUCAACGGAGCGUUGAGGCUGAGGUACAAUUUGGGAGGCGGCGCUCAGAUAAUAACAGUUGGCAACAACCUUAAUGAUGGACAUUGGCAUAAAGUGCAGGUGGCACGUCGCGACGAGCACACCUCCCUGACAGUGGACAGCAUAACGCAGAGCAAAACGUCGCGAGGGAAGGAGUUCGUGUUCGGCAAGUUCAACAGCAACUCGGACGUGUUCGUCGGAGGGAUCCCGCCCUCGUACAAUUCAAAGUUAACAACGCUAGCGCUCCCGUCAGUGAUAUUCGAGCCGAAGUUCCGCGGGUCGGUGCGCAACCUGGUGUACUCCGACCUGCCUGGACAGCCUCCACGGAGACAAGAGCUCAGGCAUUCGAGGGAUUUGAAGACCUCUCGUAUAAGCAACGCAAGUGGCGAUGCGUGUGAGCGGCGCGACCCGUGCCAGCACGGCGGCGUCUGCAUCAGCACCGACGACGGGCCCAUCUGCGAGUGCCGAGAUGGAGACUACGAGGGAGCCUUCUGUGAGAGAGAUAAGGCCCCAUCGGAAGCAACGUUCCGCGGUGCAGAGUUCCUAUCGUACGACCUGACGCAGACUGGAGGAGAACCCAUCGUGAGCACGCAGGACGCCAUCUCACUGUACUUCAAGACCCGGCAGCCUAAUGGACUCCUGUUUUAUACAGGUCACGAGGCGGAUUACUUAAACCUCGCCGUUCGAGAUGGCGGCGUGUCGCUCACAAUGGGACUUGGAAACGGAAAGCAAGAAAUGCACAUCAAACCAGCUAAAACCAGAUUCGACGACCACCAGUGGCACAAGCUUACUGUCCAUCGAAGGAUACAAGAGAUCACGCCGUUUACGAGUUUUUGCAGGGUAUCAGCAGUAGUAGACGAUGUGUACUCAGACCACUCGCACGUCGCGGGUUCGUUCACGAUGCUGGCGUCCUCCAGGGCACAUGUCGGGGGCUCACUCAACGCCAGAGCCUUGCCCGGUGCAAGAGUACAUACUAACUUCAUUGGAUGCCUGAAAAAAGUUGAGUUCUCGGCGGACACUCUUCGUCUGAACCUCAUAGACUUGGCGCGCACUGGUAGCAAGCUGAUCACCGUCACCGGCCGCCUGGAGUACGCCUGCACUGCCACCGACUCCGCGGACCCUGUGACCUUCACCACCAGAGAUGCGCAUUUGAUCUUAUCAAAAUGGGAAGCAGUAAAAACAGGGACGAUAUCCUUCAAGUUCCGUACUAAUGAACCAAAUGGACUAGUACUCUUCAACAUGGGCGCGAAGCCACCAAGGGCCGAUCUCUUCGCCGUUGAGAUCCUCAACGGUUACAUUUACGUGCACAUAGACCUUGGUUCUGGUGGAGUCAGGGUGAGGGCUUCUAGGAGACGAGUGGAUGACUCACAUUGGCAUGACUUCUUGCUUAGAAGAAGUGGUAGAGAUGGAAGAGUUACUGUUGAUGGAGCUAAUGCUGAAUUUAAAACGCCUGGCGAAUCGAACCAGCUGGAGCUUGACGGACCUCUUUUCGUCGGCGGAUUGGGUUCAGAAUAUUCCGCGUCAAGAACACCACCAGCCUUGUGGACCGCAGCGCUACGGCAAGGGUUCGUCGGUUGUAUAAGAGACUUAGUGCUGAAUGGAAAGCCUCAAGAUUUGACCGCCUUCGCUCGACAGCAAGAUUCGGCAUCAGUGCGCCCAGCAUGUCACGUCCUGAUGAAGCAGUGCGUGAGCUCGCCGUGUCAGCACGGAGGAUCCUGCUCCGAAGGAUGGAACAGACCCUUGUGUGAUUGUUCCAUGACGAACUAUGGAGGGCCGACGUGUGGAAGAGAAUCUCCAACGAUAUACUUGAAUGGAAGUCAACAUCUAACGGCUGCUUUAGGAUCUGAGCAUAUAACUCAGACUGAGGAGUUAUUACUUAGGUUUAGGACCAACAGGGCUGGUCUGCUGCUAAGAACGGCCUCCGAACAUUCUGCUGACAGGAUCGAGUUGGCUGUGGCCGCUGGGAGGGUUAGAGCCAGCGUGCGGCUUGGGGAUAGGGAAAAGAACCUGCUGGCCGGCACGAACGUGGCGGACGACUCGUGGCACACGGUGAGGUUCUCGCGGCGCGCCUCCAACCUCAAGCUGCAGGUGGACGGAGCGCAGCCCGUGCGCGGUAUGUUAUCUGAGACGAUUUUAGGUAAAGCAUCAACGUUAGAAAUUUCGACGUUACAUUUAGGAGGAUUAUUCCACCCAGAAGAAGAAAUCCAAAUGACUUCAACCUUACCUAAUUUCGUUGGGUACCUGCAAAAGUUUGUGUUCAACGGAAUUAGAUACAUAGACAUGGCGAAAACCCUUGGAGUUGGAAGUAGCGAUGAAAACAACAACAUUUAUGAUACUUCAAAUUUAAUUUUCACUGGAAAAUUCGUGAAACCAGAUUCGCUAAAUGUUUAUAAAUCUGUUACGUUCAAAUCUAAGCAUACCUACGUCGGAUUGCCGCUACUAAAGGCGUAUGCGAAUACUUACUUGGACUUUUACUUCCGAACUACUGAGAUGGACGGCUUACUCUUUUAUAAUGGAGGGAAGAAACAGGAUUUCAUAGCGAUAGAGCUGGUCAAUGGCCAUAUUCACUGUGUGUUUAACCUUGGUGAUGGAGUGGUUACAAUGAAAGAUAAAUUGAAAAAUUUCUUGAACGACAAUCGGUGGCACACGGUAUCUGUGAGACGACCGACACCGAAGAUUCAUACUUUGCAAGUUGAUGAUGAUAUGGAAAUGCAUACUACGAGUUCCAACUUAAUGCUGGAAUUAGACAGUGUUCUCUACGUGGGAGGAGUACCAAAGGACAUGUACUCAGCUUUGCCUGUGGGAGUGCUAUCUAGACAAGGGUUUGAAGGAUGCAUGUCUAGUUUAGAUCUGCCUGGAGAAUCACCGUCAUUGAUGGAGGACGCUGUUGUACCAAGCUCUUCAUUAGGUUCGGGGUGUGAAGGUCCAACGAAGUGUACCCAUAAUGCUUGUGCAAACAAAGGUGUUUGUGUGCAGCAAUGGAACACGUAUGUUUGCGAUUGUGAUUUGACGUCAUUUACUGGACCGACUUGUUACGAUGAAUCGAUUGCCUAUGAAUUUGGUCCCGGCCGUGGUAUCAUCACCUACACGUUUCCCACGGAUUCAGUUGCUGACACGGAAACUGAUAAAGUGGCGCUUGGGUUUGUAACAAGCAAAGCUGAUGCUGUCCUGCUGAGGAUCGAGUCUUCGAAUACACAGGAUUACAUGCAAAUGGAGAUUAUUCGUGGUAAUCUGUUCAUGGUAUACAACGUGGGAGGUGGAGACCAUCCCUUAGGUGAUGAGACGGCUCGAGUAGAUGAUGGAGCCUACCACGUCGCCAGGUUCACUAGAAACGGCAGCAGAGCCUCGCUACAGCUAGACAACUAUGCUGUUAUUAUCAGACAUCCUCAAGGUGGUCAACAAUCAACUAUCUUCAACGGUAUGUCUACCAUAACCGUCGGUGGUGGGUCUGGUGGCUCUCGGACAUUUAGCGGUGUGAUAGCAGGGAUGGUAGUGGAUAGCGUCAGAGUGAUGGACCUGGCUGCCAGUGGAGACCCCUCAGUAUCGGUUAGAGGAGACGCUAGGAGAGCUCAUACACCGCUAGACAGAGAUAUAAAUAGAAUGCAGCAGACUCCACCAUCGGGAUACGGAGGGCCAGGAGUAUUGGAUGAGUUAGUCUACUCCGGGGCUGGUUCAGGAUGUAGAGAUGAUGAUGAAGACGCUUGUGUUCUACCUGAUGCUGGAUCUGGUGAUGAUCUCAUUACACCUGUGUAUGUGCCAUCAACGAGAAGACCGCCUUCUAGGCUACACAAGGGUGAUACAAGUGGCAAACUAAUGAAACCAUGUGACGACGAGGAUUGCAUUGAAGGAUCAGGUUCAAGUGUUGAUGAAAUCACAGAACCUGAGCAUCCAAUGACCACGUCCGGUGCGACCAGUACCCACAGUAUGACGUCACCGACUGUGAUCAUAGUUUCAACUGAACACGUGGACAAAUCACUGGAAGGGUCCACAGACGGUGGUGGUAGUUCUGGGGAAACCACUAGGAGCAGUACGGACAGCCAGCCCACGUUACCAGACCACGAUAAUAUGCACGCUGGUACCAUUGAUACUGCGACCACGCCUGAGAGAAGAACCACUCCUACUGAUGAUCAUUCCCAUACACGCACAAGCUACCAUUUCACACCGACACUGACUGGACGACACAUACCAGACGAACCAACACAUACCACAGAAGAAGACACCAACCACAUACCAGAGUAUGAGGACCGGCGUGAGAAUGAGAUAGAAUCUCGAACACCAACCUAUGAAACGGAAAGUGAGCAGGACAGAAUACCGGGUCGAGUUCAUCCUGAGUAUAAUGGGUAUGACGUCACGCCAAAGUGGUAUCAUCCGAAGACGACGGAUAAUCGGGUCGUACCGCCUGAGUCAGAGUUCUUUGCUACUAUUGUCGGCAUUGUGGCAUCAGUGCUUAUAGCAAUUAUUUUGAUAGUGAUCAUAGUGCUCAAGUACAUCGUAUUCAAGUUCGACCCCUCGUAUAAGGUGACAGAAGACAAGAACUAUCAGCAAGGAGCCAGUGCCGCACUUUUGGGCAAUCAGGCGCACUCGAGCUACCAGAGCGGCGGCUCGAGCGCGGCGGGCGGCGGCGCGCGCAGCCUGCAGCCGCUGCCGCUCACGCGCAGCGCCGCGCCCGCGCACACGCAGCCCGCCAAGCGCGACGGCAUCAAGGAGUGGUACGUGUGAGCGGGGGCACCGCUAAUGACUGACGAGUGUUUAGUACUUUGUAAAUAUUAACAAUAAUGUUUAUAGAUGGGUCACUGUGUGUCCGGAUGCGAUUGUUGAGACUUGUUCAUACUAGACGUAGCGUUCAAAUUAAUGUUAACUCCGAUGAUGUAUGGACUAAAAUCAUCAGUGAAAUUGUACCCUUUGGAACUACUAUCAACUAUCCCAUUAGUUUCUAAACGUAUACAUAUUUCCCUCUUUAUGUGAAUUAGUGUUAAGCUGCUGUCUAGUAUGCAAAAGGCCCUGAUAGUGAAAGUUAAACCUAGAGAAUAUGGAAUUGCAUUUUACUAUUGUAUAGUUAAUUUCGUUUGUUUUGUUACUGAUGUUUUCCUGUUAAAACCUUAGCUUUUCUGACCUGUACAUUGCUGUAAUUCAUGUAUUUGCGACUUAACUUUUCUAUCUACAUUGCCUUUAAUAGUUUAAAUAAAGUAAGACUAAUGUAAAUUGGUUGUAGUUCACUUGAUAGUAUGUCAAAAUUGGACACAUUAGGAUUUUGUUAAACUGUUCUGCAUAUUGUUAAUUUAACACUUAAAUAUUGUAUUGAACAUAAAACGAGCAACUUUAGUAUGUUCUCUUCUGCUGCAAAUAACCUUCCGAAACUAUGUAAGGGAUUUGUCGAAUUUUGAUAUUCUAUCAAGCUUUGUUAUCGAUCUACGACUACCUAAGACAUAAGAUGAAAAUGCUAUGUUUGGAGCUGCCAUCACGAAAUUGAAGCAUAUCGUUCAAUUGAAGACUACAGUACUUUUACGAUUCUCAAUAAUCUUUCCUAUAUAUAUUAGGUGUUAUACAAUAUUUUUAAAUCGGCGGGGUGAGGCGCGUAGUAUAGAAAAAGGAAUCAUAAUCAGCAGAGUAUAAGAUCUAAAUUCGCUUGGAGUUAGAUACGAAAACAGGUAUAUUAUUGUAGGACGCGUAACAAGUAUGAGCUUGUAGAUUUGGUAUGGAAUAUAGAUGUUCUGAGUUUUAACAUAUCCUCCUUGUAGCAUUCUGUACUUCUACUGGGACUAUCAUUGCUUCAUAGCAAUUGCAACUCUUGGUAAUUCAGAAAAGGAUUAUAAAAUAGAUUAUCAAGUCCUAUAAACUAAGUGCCAAUAGUGUAUUUGUGUUACCCCUAUCCCUCCCCAUAAGAAUUUAUUUGCUCAACAAUUUAAAUCAUUUCAAAAUCAGGCCUACUUGACUUAUAGUGAGAAUUAAAAUAAUCUGUCAAUUUAUUCUCAAAUUAAUCCCUAUAAAGUGUUUGUCAAUGGAGAAUAUAUUAAUUAUUACCUCGAAUUGAAAAAUGUCGAUGAAUUAAAAGGAUAACGUAUGAAAUGGGAAAGAAAGCAAAGGAAAGUAAAAUCUUUCGGCAGCCUUCGAUACUGUUUAGCGUAGAGGUUUUGGACGGUCGGCCCCUAAAUGCUCAUUUUACCCUAACUUAAAGAAACAUCUGAACUCAUCCUAAACAAAAUAAUAAUAAAAAACCGAAUAAAAAAAAAUCUGCAGGGCGUGCAAGGAACAAAUGAAAUGGUGUAUCUCAAGGACCUAAUAUACGCCCGCUGUCAUUUAGUCUAUAAUGUACCCAUUAAAAGCUAAAUUAUUUUACAAUCAUGAUCAUACCAAGAACGUAGAAAAGGAAAACUGUGAUUCACAGUUAUUUAAAGAUGUCUACUUGAUUGGCAAUGUAUCUUCAGUACUUUUAGGCUCCUUUCUCUAACAUCUAUUUUAUAGCGUCAGGCAAUUUAUGGCUAUCCUACUGAAAAUAUUGCAUGCAAUUUCCUCUCGAACCAUAA